AUGACCCGGCCCUUCUCUCUGGCCGAGUGUGACGCGCUCGGCUUCGACCUGGACCACACGCUGUGUCUCUACAACCGCCCCGAGACCGCCCGGCUUAUAUAUGAUAGUUUUGCCCGCUACCUGGUAACCGAGAAGGGUUAUGAUAAAGAAUUGCUGACUGUAACUCCAGAAAGCUGGGACUUUUGCUGUAAAGGAUUGGCAUUGGAUCUGGAAGAUGGAAACUUUUUAAAGCUUGCUGGAGAUGGAACAAUUUUGAGGGCAAGCCAUGGUACGAAGAGUAUGACUCCUGAAGAGAUCUUGGAAAUUUAUGGCAGGAGGGAAUGGAAACACUUUAAAACAUUCAGUGGAAUGGUUUCCCGCUCAGCUAAAUAUUAUUGCUAUGAUAAUUAUUUUGACCUGCCAGGAGCCCUUCUUUGUGCAAGGAUUGUGGAUUGUUUAGACAAGCAUGACAGACAGACAAAAUACAACUUUUGGAAGGAUGUGAUUGCUGCUAUACAGCAUAACUAUAAAACCUCAGCUUUUAAAGAAAACUGUGGGACAUAUUUCCCAGAAGUGAAAAAUGAUCCAGCCAAAUAUUUACAAAGUUGCCCUGAGUCUGUAAAAAAGUGGCUGAGGCAACUGAAAAAUGCUGGGAAGGUCCUGCUAUUAAUUACCAGCUCUCACAGUGACUAUUGCAGACUCCUGUGUGAACACAUCCUUGGGAAUUAUUUUGCAGGGCUUUUUGACAUUGUGAUCACAAAUGCAUUGAAACCUGGUUUCUUCUCUCAGAUGCCAAAACAAAGACCUUUCCAAACCCUUGAAAAUGAUGAGGAACAGGAGGCUCUGCCAUCCUUGGACAAGCCUGGCUGGUAUUCCCAAGGUAAUGCUACCCAUCUUUAUGAACUGCUGAAGAAGAUGACGGGCAAGCCAGAACCCAAGGUUGUUUAUUUUGGUGACAGCAUGCAUUCAGAUAUUUUCCCAGCCCGUCACUAUAGCAACUGGGAGACGGUCUUCAUCUUAGAGGAGCUUAGAGGGGACGAAGUUAUGAUACCUGUGGAGACUGAGUCUGAGCCCUUGGAGAAGAAAGGAAAAUAUGAGGGACAUCACCCAAAAGCUCCUUAUUCAGUAUCUAAACAGUGGGGCUCUUUCUUUGUGGACAGCAUCUCAGGAUUGGAAAGUGCAGAGGAAACCUUAACUAACACAUGGUCUUGCAAAUGUAUCAGUGCUUAUAGCACUAUUGCAAUUCCAAGACUUGAAGCAAUAGCAGAUUUACCACUGGAUUAUAGAUUUACCCGAUUUUCCUCAAAUAGCUUGGAAACUGCUGGUUACUAUCCGAAACCUCCGAGGGCAUUAUUAUCAAAUGGUGAGCCAGUGACUACAAAAUAG